AUGGAUUACACCGCCGAGGAUAGCCAGAACGCAGCACCUGGCAGUGUUCAAGCUGCUAAGCUCGGUGGAACACGAAAGGGGCCCGAUUCGCAGAGUGUAACGAAGAGAUUACAGACAGAAUUGAUGCAAUUAAUGACCUCUCCCGCACCUGGAGUUUCUGCUUUUCCCUCAGCAGACGGAAAUUUGAUGUCCUGGUCUGCUACAAUUGAGGGGCCGGAGGACACUCCGUACGCAGGUCUCACAUUCAAGCUUUCUUUCUCGUUUCCGUCGAACUACCCCUACGCCCCGCCGACGGUUCUCUUCAAGACACCAAUCUACCACCCCAACGUCGACUUUUCCGGCCGUAUUUGUCUCGAUAUUCUAAAGGAUAAGUGGACCGCUGCAUACAACAUCCAGACUGUCCUUCUAAGUCUGCAAAGUUUGCUUGGAGAGCCAAACAAUGCUUCCCCACUGAACGGAGAGGCCGCAGAGCUAUGGGAUAAGGAUGCGGACGAAUUCAAGCGGAAGGUCCUAGGUCGUCACCGGGACGUAGACGACGACUAG